AGCUGCCCAAGACCCUGACUGACAUGUACUCACACUUCCUGCUGGUUCAGAUAAAGAAAAAAGACAAUUACCAUGAUGGGAAAGAGAUGAGGCGACAAGAGCUCACCAGUGCUGACAGGGAAGUUCUUUUGAAACUGGGGAGGCUAGCAUUUGAACAUCUGCAGAAAAAGAACAUCCUGUUCUACCAAGAAGACUUGGAGCAGUGUGGUCUGGAUGUCACAGAGGCCUCAGUUUACUCUGGAGUUUGUACAGAGAUCUUCAGAAGAGAGUCUGUGAUCUUCCAGAAACCAGUUUACUGCUUUGUUCAUCUGAGCAUUCAAGAGUUUCUGGCUGCAGUCUACAUGUUCCACUGUUACACCAACAGGAAGACAGAGGAGCUGAAGGACUUCUUUAGUGAGGACAUCUCCUCUCUGGACGAUUUUCUGAGCAGAGCCAUGGAAGAAUUCUUGCUUAUUCCAAAUAGCCACCUGGAACUGUUUGUUCGCUUCCUUCAUGGCCUCUCUAUGAAAUCCAACCAGAGACUCUUAGGAGGUCUGCUGGGUCAGACAGAGAGCAGUCCAGAAAUCAUCCAGAGAGCCAUCAAAAACCUUAAGCAGAUUAAAAUUGAUGACAAGUGUCCUGAUAGAUGCAUAAACAUUUUCCACUGUCUGAUGGAGAUGAAGGACCUUUCAGUACAUCAGGAGAUUCAAGAGUUCCUAAAGUCACAAAACAAGUCAAAGAAGAAACUCUCUGGAAUUCAGUGCACAGCUCUGGCACAUAUGCUGCAGAUGUCAGAGGAGGUUUUGGAUGAGCUUGAUCUGGAGAAGUACAACACAUCACAGGAGGGACGAUGGAGACUGAUUCCAGCUAUGGUUAACUGCAGAAAGGCUCGACUUUAUGAUGUUUUUGUCUUUGGGCUUUCCUGUGGAGCUUUGGCCUUAGCUCUGACGUCAGACCCAUCCCAUCUGAGAGAGCUGCGCCUGAGUUCAGUCAGCCUGGAGAAAUAUGCAGAAGAACUUUUUACUCAUCUGGGACAUCCAAACUGUAGACUGGAGACACUCAGCUUUGAGAACAGCACUUUGUCAGAGAACAACUGUGCUGCUCUGCUCAGUGCUCUGAAGUCCAACCCUCCAUAUCUGAAACGUCUGGAUCUAAUAAGAUGCAACCUGGAGGGCUCAGGGAUGAAACAGCUGUAUGGUUACCUGGAGAGUCCACACUGUAAACUACAGUUUAACAGAGUGACUUUGGUUUAGAUGCUGUUCUGUGAUCAAGACAUACAGUGGUACUUGCAGAGUGACUGUGAAAAAAAAUCAGUGGUCAAAGUGUGGCUCUCCCCAAACUUCCUGAAUCUGUUCCAGUACAAAGACACAAAUCUUUGAUCUUGUGUACAAAGGAGAAGUACUGACAACAUGGUCAGGCUGCUAGCAGCCUGACUCGUGCCUCCUUCUAUGAGCAGCCACUAGGCCCAGGACCCUCCUGCUCCACCAGGCCCAGGAUCCACCAGCAGCCACCAGGCCCAGGAUCCACCAGCAGCCACCAGGCCCAGGAUCCUCCAGCAGCUGCUAGGCCCAGGAUCCUCCAGCAGCUGCUAGGCCCAGGGCCCUCCUGCUCCACCAGGCCUAGGAUCCACCAGAAGCCACCAGGCCCAGGAUCCUCCAGCAGCCACUAGGCCCAGGAUCCUCCAGCAGCUGCUAGGCCCAGGAUCCUCCUGCUCCACCAGGCCCAGGAUCCUCCAGCAGCCACUCGGCCCAGGAUCCUCCAGCAGCCGCUAGGCCCAGGAUCCUCCAGCAGCUGCUAGGCCCAGGAUCCUCCUGCUCCACCAGGCCCGGGAUCCUCCAGCAACCGCUGGGCCCAGGCUCCUCUAGCAAGGCACCAACAAGUAAAUCGACAGUGACUUCAACGGGCCAUCACAAGGUAAUACCAAUCUCACCAUUUUCAAAAUGCCGCCUAAAAAAGCAAACCCAGGAGUUGAAGAGGAGUUGGAGGAGAUUAGGAAAUCACUUAAUUUCAUGUCUGAUGAACUGAGCAAAGUGGCUAAACAACAAGGUAUGCUACAUGACCUAAUGGAUGAAAUAAAACAACUAAAAAACUUGAUAAAGGAGAAGGACAAGAAAAUAGACGACUUGGAACGGCGACUCGAGGAUCUUGAACAGUACACAAGAAUGGAUGACUUAGUCAUAAGUGGACUGGAGACGCAACACCGAACCUAUGCCUGAGUAACAGCUAGCGGAGGUAAAGACGGUGAAGAUGCCCCGGUUGAGGAGCUGCAAACGCUUGAACAGCAAGUGAUAAAAUUCCUUCAAACGAAGAAUGUAAGUAUUCAGAGCCAUCAUAUCGCAGCAUGCCACACGCUCCCCAGAAAAGACAGUAAAACAAAGCCAGCAAUUAUUCUUCGGUUUGUGAGUCGCAAAACAAAGAUUGAGUUACUGAAACAGGGUAAGAAGCUAAAAGGGACCGGUGUGUAUUUAAAUGAACAUUUAACGAAAAAGACUGCUGAAAUUGCAAGACAGGCACGCAGCCUGAGAAAACAAAAUAAGAUACAAGCGACAUGGACAAGGAACUGCAAAGUAAUGAUAAGACUAAAUGGCACUCCAGAAGAAGCGAAAGUUGUGAUGAUAAGAGAACUCAAAGACUUGGAGCAAUAUAAAUAAUCAGGAAUCUGCUAUGGAAUCUAUUGGAAAAGUGACGACUGGAUAAUGAACAAUGGGUAUGGAAAGUGUUUCUGGCCUUAUGGCUCAAAAAACAAUGGGAAAAACAACAACAAAAACACAUAAAUGACAAGUUUGGACACAGAUUAUAGGUUUCCAUUCAGAGAUAUUGAAGAGGAAGACUUUGAUUAUGAGAAGGACUGUCAAGGAGGUUAUUUUGCCACACACGCUGAGAAGAUGAACUUCAAAAUGUUUAACUAUGCAGAGCACAACAUGCAUGACCCUGAAACUAACAUUGACCCAGAUAAUUACUUCUACAAUAACAAUAAUAGUACUUGUGAGUACUAUACAGAUGACCAAUUUAAUAUGAAUAUUAAAAUGGCAAAUGCAUUGUCAGUCAUACAUUUCAAUAGUAGAAGCCUGUAUAAAAAUUUCUCUAAAAUUACGGAAUGUUUAAGUAAGUUAAAAAAGUUUAAUAUAAUUGCAAUAUCAGAAACAUGGCUCGAUAAUGAGAAAGUUAGUGAAAUGGGACUGGAAGGAUACGAAUUAUUUACAAUGAACAGGGUGAAUAAAAAAGGAGGCGGUGUCGCUUUAUAUGUAGAUAAAGUUUUGAAAUGUAGUCUGAUUGAAUGUAUGUCAAGCACCAUAGACGACGUAUUGGAAUGUGUUACUAUUGAAAUCCAUGUUGAAAAAGCUAGCAAUAUAAUUAUAAGUUGCAUCUAUAGGACACCAGGAUCAUGCCUUGACACAUUCAAUGAAAAACUUGCUGCUAUGUUUAGCAACCUAAAUGAUAAAAAAGUGCAAAUAAUUUGUGGUGAUUUUAAUAUA